UUUUUUUUUCUCUCCCUCCUUUCUUAUAUGGCUACGUCACCUUUUAAGGAAAGACGUCCAAAACCCUUGCGUCUUUCUUCCAGCUCUCCAGUAAGAGGAGAAACAGCCGAUACUUUUGCUUGUCAAAGAGACUGUCUCUUGCCGACUGGGCGGAAGACUCACAGAGAAUAUCUAAGAAAGAAUACAAAGGUUGCCAUUCGUGCUACUGCAGGAUAUUUUUUGCUCUCUUUGUUGGUGUUCAUUCCAACUUUGGCUGAAAGAUUUCCUUAUUCAUCUCUUAUAGCUGUAGAUUAUAUUAUAAUAGUAACUUUUGGAGUUGAAGAACUCGAGUUCGGUUUUGUUUCGGAAGGUGCAGUUCUUAGCAGUUUUGCUCAACUUUUCGGUUCCUUACUGGGCGCGUUAGGGGCCAUAUUGACUCAGACUAACAGUGCUCUUACUUUAUUCACCAUUUUCUUGGGAACUGCCUUAUUUACCUCUUUACGUGGCGACAACAGACUCGAUAUGAUCACCAGCACAGGAGAGCUUAACUUUGUGUUUAACUUGUUAGGCAGCAGAACUGGUGGCACAAGAGCAAUCUGGCUAGUAUUUUGUAAUACGAUGCUAGCAGCUUUAGUGGCACAUGGAGCUUCUAUACUGGUUUCCAUACUGUGCUUUCCUCGUUUGGCCAAAGAUGAGUUACGAGUCUGCAUCAAAGAAUCCUUACUAGAAUUGGGUGCUUCUUUAUCUGCUAUAAGCUCCGUUUUAGUGGAGCCUUAUAUCGAGGAACAUAUCGAUUUUGGAGAUUCUGGCUGGAAAAACGGUAUCCAACAUAAUCCUUCAUUUCUGCUUUCGUGUGUCAAUGGCAAGAGAUUGGAAUUCUCUCGACAACAAAUCUCCAGAGCCAAAAAGAUGUCACAGUAUCUUCCUUAUGAACCAAACUUAUUCUGGUUGCUGAGAUGUGAACCGCAAGAGGAAUGGAAUCUGGUCAUAAGCAAGUUGGAAGACCUAUUGGACGAAGUGGGUGCACUUCAUUCUGUACUUCACAAUGAAAGAAGAAGAUAUUUUGGUGACCUUUUGGAACAUUGGCCUUCUAUCGUGAUGGAUUUGAAGUAUUCUUUUGCUCAAGUUGCAUCCGAAUGCUAUCGAAUUGGUGACUUUUUGUACCGACUGAAGCCUUCUUCGUCAUUUGAGAUAAGACAGAAAGAGAUGACUGUAAAUAAUUCUGUCGAUGGCAAACGCAUUCAAGUUAUAAGAGAACGCGCUAAGAUUGAAUAUUUACAAUUUUUGAAAGGAUAUAGUGAUACAUUUUCGUUUCCCAGCACUUUAGAAAUGGGACCGUUCAUGUUCGUUCUCGUAAUGGCUGACUCUAUUAGAAAGAAAGUUGACAUUCUUAAUGAAAAUGCUCAAAUUCUGUACGAACAAAGAAAGCUUCGUUCAUUUUUUAGAGGUUCCCGAAACUUUCUUGGAUGGGCAAGAAUACUAACAUUUCCUUUUGAACGAUGGACUUUUGUACUGAAGAGUAUUCCUCUUGAUUUCGAUUCUUUUCUUCAACUUUGGGAUAGCGCUGAGUUUAGAUUUUGUUUAAAGAAAUGGAUAGGGGAAAUGUUAAUAUUGGUGUUAGUCUAUUAUGGUUGGUUGCCGAGGUUUCUUUCUCGUUGGAAUGGCUUGUUAAUAUGGAUGGCUUUUGUGUUGUAUAUACAACCGACUUUGGAAGGAACUUUGGUUGGUGCUUUAGCUAACUUGCUUGGGGUUUUCUUUGGUGCUUUGAUUGGUGGGCUUUUAAUGAGUUUUCCUUUGAUUGCCAUGAGUGCCUUAUUAUUAGAUAUAUAUCUGAUGAUAUCCACUUUUGUCGCUGUAUAUUUUAUCAAUUCUACUUAUUCGCUUACAAUUCUCAACACCAUCAUUACUCAGUAUGUUGUCGUAUUAGGCCAAUAUAAUCCAUUGGAAUAUGAAGCACAUUGGUAUGUACCUAUAGGAAGAUGUAUUAUGAUGUCCAUUGGAACUCUCGCUGCUGUCUUUGAAAAUGAAUAUUUAUGGCCCAGUUCUAUUAUUCUUCAAGUUCGUUGUAGUUUGGCAUCCUGUCUUAGGGAAAUGUCAAGUAUCCAUUCUCAGUUAUUAAAUGUUGCCUUUCGAACAUCACUAGAAGGAGAAAGAAAACGAAAAACAUCGACUUGUCAUCGUCCCAAUAAGGGAUAUCAAACAAUUCCACAAGAUGAAGAGAAUAGGUAUGAAGAGGAAGUUUCUCCAUCGGAAAAAAUUUUGAUGGAUACCAAAAGAAUCGGUCAGCAACUGGAACAAGUGCAAUUCUGGCUUGAUAUUGUUUCAGGUGGUUUUGGAGGAGAAAUUUAUGGUGUUCCUUCUACUCUUAGAACAAUGUUAGCAGCCGAAAAAAUGUUGCGGCAAAGAUUGGUUGCGUUUGCUAGUCUUUUAUCGUUUGAUCCAGAGUUUAUUGACUUGUAUUGGCGUUCUGUACAUGAGCGUUUCUUCAAAUUAUCAUCUAGAGAAGCUCAGCUUUUAAGGGAAGCUAGACAUUCCUUGGUUCAUGUCAUCGUAUCAUGCAUAUUGGCUGACGCUACAAGCAUUACUCCAACUCAAGAUACCGUUGCAGACAAGGACAAACAUAGAGACGCUUGGACAUCUUUGGGAAUCAGUAGAAAUUUGGAGAAUAAAUUGAAGCAAGAACCUUUCACCGAGCUACAUUUGGAGCCAAAACAUGUCGAUUUCGUGCGACAAGUGAGUAAGCGAAUCAUGUUAAGAAGUUCUCCAGUCACUACACCAGUCAGUGCCCCAAGUAUGAGACGCCACACAUUGAACCGUUCUGUUUCUUAUUCUACAAAAAGUGGAGGAUUGGCGAUACAGUCUGUACUCCCAGAGUGGGUCAAAAAAGCCAAAGGCUCUGAAGCAUCUUCCAUGUUCACAGUUGCAGAAGAUAAUGCACUCUCCUAUAAUGCACCGUUUGUAACAAAUUCCUCGGAAUUGGUAGCCGCUUCACCAAAUGGGACAAGUGAAGAAGAGGAUGAGAUGGAAGACGAACUAACCUUCACAAAACAAAUGGGAAUGGUUUGGGAAGCAAGUAGCAGCGAAAUGAUUGGUAAAGCAGAUUUCAUGCAUUCUUCGGAAUUGUCCAAAAGAGGGGAAACAUCUUCACCAUCAUACCUACAGAGUCGUUGGAACGUCCUCAACAUUUUUCGAAAGUAUUUCCGCACCGAUUGGAAGGCUUUUAAGGGUGUCGGCGAAGCAGUUAUCAAGACAGUUCAGUCAUUGCCACUUGUUAGUGUUCUUGGAACGACAUCCGCUGCAGCAUUUGAAGAAGAGCCUGUCAUUGUCACCAAUCUAGAAAGACAGAUUGACUUGUUUAGGGAAGCGCAAGGAAGAUUCUUCCUCAAACACAUAGAGUUAGAAGUGGAUUUUUAUCGAAAGUUAGUAUUACAAUCAUUCGAAAAGGCUUCGCAUGCUGUUUCUUCGGAUGACAGGGUACUUUACAACCUUUAUGAGAUAUAUAGUGGGCCAUCAUUUACAGAGAAACACAUAUUCUUCCUUUCCAUCAUGUUUAUAGCAUCUUACACGGCAGAUGGUUUGAAGGAAGUAGCAAAGGAGUUGUUGGCGUCGCUGGAGCAGGAACUUUUGCAUUUGAAAAAACAAGUUGACGAUAUGGCUGCGUCUGCCUAAUCUCAAUCAAUCCAUCCAAUUGCG